UGCCAAAAAUAAGCUCCACUGAACUACAAAGCUUUGCCUGUUUAAGCUUUCAGUCUCUUUUCCUCCAUAUUGUCUCCGCUUCCCACCUUCUGCUUGCUCAGCAAAAAGAAUUGAAUUACAGGAAUCAUCAGAUCACACAUAAAGGUCCUUACUUACUGUAGUCCAUGAAAUCUCCCAGUCCAAAUUUCACACACCCAACCCUACAGCUCUUACCCAAAUGCAAAACCCUUAACGAACUUAAACAAGUCCAUGCUCAAAUGACAGCCACCGGUCUCACUCUCCACACAUACCCUCUUGCUAGACUCCUCUUAUCUUCCUCCACUCUGGACGUAACCUAUACCCUUUCUAUUUUUAACCAAUUACCAAACCCAACAAUUUUCCUCUUCAACAUUGUCAUUUCCUCUCUUGCCAAUCACAAACACCAUGCCCGCAUUGCCUUCUGUUUAUAUAACCGUGUUUUGUUUCAAAAGAGGGUUAGACCCAAUAGUUACACUUUCCCAUCUCUCCUCAAGGCUUGUGGGUUGCACCCUUGGGUUCAACAUGGCUCAGCAUUACAUACCCAUGUGUUAAAAUUUCUUGCACCCACAUAUGAUCACUUUGUUCAGGCCUCUUUGCUUAAUUACUAUGCCAAUUCUGGCAAGUUGGGUGUGGCUAGAUAUUUAUUUGAUCAAAUCAGUAGACCUGAUUUGGCCAUGUGGAACUCUAUUUUAACUGCUUAUGUACGUAAUGCUAACAAUAAAAGUGAUGAUGAUGAUGAUGUUACUAGUUUAUCUUUAGAGACCUUAUAUUUGUUCAGUAAGAUGCAAUAUUCUGCAGUUAAGCCUAAUGAAGUUUCAAUUGUAGCUUUAGUCAGUGCUUGUGCUAAUUUAGGUGCUCUUAGUCAAGGUGCAUGGGCACAUUUGUAUAUACUAAAGAACAACAACCUUAGGUUAAAUCGCUAUGUAGGCACUGCUUUAAUCGAUAUGUAUUCAAAAUGUGGGUGUCUAGAUAUAGCAUAUCAAGUGUUUGAUAUAUUGUCCCAGAGAGACACAUUCUGUUAUAAUUCAAUGAUUGGAGGGUUUGCAAUUCAUGGUUGUGGACACAGAGCACUUGGUCUUUAUGAAAAAAUGAAACUUGAGUCUCUUGUUCCUGAUAAUGUAACAUUUGUUGUCACAAUGUGUGCUUGCUCGCAUGUUGGUUUAGUAGAGGAUGGGUGCAAGAUCUUUGAGUCUAUAAAAGAGGUUUAUGGUGUUGAGCCUACACUUGAGCAUUAUGGUUGUGUAGUUGAUCUUUUAAGUAGAUCCGGGCGAUUUAAGGAAGCAGAAGAAAAAGUCAAGAACAUGCCUAUGAAGCCAAAUGCUAUAUUAUGGAGGUCUUUAUUAGCAGGAGCUAGAGUUCAUGGAAAUUUAGAGGUAGGAGAAUUUGCACUUAAGCAACUCAUGGAUCUAGAACCAGAAACUAGUGGGAACUAUGUGCUUCUCUCAAAUAUGUAUGCAAGUGUUAAUAAGUGGGGAGAUGUGAAAAAAGUAAGGAAACUGAUGAAAGAUCAUGGGAUCAUCAAAACGCCUGGAACUAGUCUAGUUGAGAUUGAUGGUGCUAUGCAUGGGUUUAUUAUGGGAGAUAAAACGCACCCACUUUCAAAAGAUAUCCGUUUGAAGCUUGAAGAGAUUAAUAGAAAGUUACAAGAAUACGGUCAUAAGCCAAGAACAAAAGAAGUGUUAUUUGACAUAGAAGAGGAAGAGAAAGAAGAUGCCUUGUCAUGCCAUAGUGAAAGGCUUGCGAUUGCGUUUGCUCUUAUGGUAGCUAAUUCAAAUGCUACUAUUAGAAUAAUAAAGAAUCUUCGCGUAUGCGAUGAUUGCCAUGCAAGUACUAAGGUUAUUUCAAUGGUGUAUAACAGAGAGAUAAUAGUAAGAGAUAGAAAUAGAUUUCAUCAUUUCAAAGAUGGCACUUGUUCUUGUCUGGAUUAUUGGUGACACUUGGUUACCUUGAAAUUCUUUUGUAUUGUUGAAUGUAACAUAAACUAGACUUGUGUUGAGUAUUUGAACAGACAGUUCUUUGGUUCAGUA